AUGCUCAUCGUUGAGGACCUCAAGACACGAAAGCGGACUUGGCACUCUAGGAGGCACUCCCGUCGCACCGCCAGAGCCCGUCCCGGAACCGUCGUCAUGAAGUUUGGCGAGCAGCUCCGUUCGAGCAUCAUCCGCGACUACCAAUGGUACUACAUUGACUAUGACUCGCUCAAGACCGACCUCAAGUCGGCCACGGGCCCUGCCAUAGAUCAGUCCGCCUCUGCAGGAGCCAAGGGCCGCUCCGAGAGCACCACCAGCAGAGGGACCAAGCGCGAAUGGACCGAGGACGACGAGGCCCGCUUCGUCUCCAAGCUCGAGGCCGAGCUCGAGAAAGUCCACCAGAAGCAGCAGGUCAAGGCCAUUGAGAUCCAGAGGCGCAUUGCCGUCAGCGAACGCGAUGUCAAGGAUGUGGUCGGCCGCCUCCAGGAGAGGGGUACCGACCCCGGCCCCAGCGAGGAGGAGUUUAUGCUCCUCGAGGAGGAUCUCAGCGACAUCAUUGCCGACGUCCAUGACCUAGCCAAGUUUGUCCAGGUCAACUACACCGGCUUCUACAAGAUCAUCAAGAAGCACGACAAGAUGACUGGCUGGCUCCUCAAGCCCGUCUUCAACACCCGCCUCAAGGCGAAGCCCUUCUACAAGGAAAACUAUGACGCCUCCGUCGUCAAGCUGUCCAAUCUCUACGAUCUGGUCCGCACGCGAGGAAACCCGGUCAAGGGCGACAGCGCUGCCGGCGGCAGCCAGGCCAACUUUGUGCGCCACACGACAAAGUACUGGGUGCACCCGGAUAAUGUCACGGAGCUCAAGUUGAUCAUCCUGAAGCACCUGCCCGUGCUCGUCUUCAACGCCAGCAAGGAGUUUGAGCAGCAGGACUCGGCCAUCACCUCCAUCUACUACGACAACCCGGACACGUGGGAGCUCUACGAGGGGCGCCUGAAGAAGACCGAGGGUGCCGAGGCCAUCCGCCUGCGUUGGUACGGUGGCAUGCGCAGCGAGACCAUCUUUGUCGAGCGCAAGACCCAUCGGGAGGAUUGGACGGGCGAGAAGUCGGUCAAGGCUCGUUUUUCGCUCAAGGAGAAGAAUGUCAAUGCCUACAUGAAGGGCGAGCUUCUGCCUGCUGCCAUUUUUGAGAAGGCCCGUAAGGAGGGCAAGAAGUCGGCCAAGGCCAUCGCCGAAGACGAGAGGCUCGCCAAGGAGAUCCAGUACUCCGUCCUCAAAAAGGGCUACAAGCCAGUCUGCCGUUCCUUCUACAACCGAACGGCAUUCCAGCUCCCCGGUGACGCGCGCGUGCGCAUUUCUCUUGACACCGAGCUGACCAUGGUCCGCGAGGAUAACCUGGACGGCCGGAAGCGCUCGGGUGAUAACUGGAGGCGCAUGGACAUCGGCGUCGACUACCCCUUCUCCCAGCUCCCGCCCGAGGACGUCGAAAGGUUCCCCUACGCCGUGCUCGAAGUCAAGCUGCAGACACAGAUGGGCCAGGAGCCUCCGGAGUGGGUUCGCCAGCUGAUCAGCAGUCACCUGGUCGAGGCUGUGCCCAAGUUCUCCAAGUUCAUCCACGGCACCGCCACUCUCUUCCCCGACCGCAUCAAGCUCCUGCCAUUCUGGAUGCCCCAGAUGGAUGUGGACAUCCGCAAACCCAAAUCGCACGACUUUGGCAUCCGCCGCCCGGGUCAGUCGGCAACAACCGCCACAUCCGAGGACGAGGAUGACGACUUUGACUCCGACGACGAAGACGAUGAGGAUCACGAUGGCGACGACGAGAGUCCGCCCAACGGCGAGUCCAGCAGCCAGGCUGUCAGCCGCAGGAUGCGUCAUCUCCGACCCGGCCAGCCGCCCAUCUCGCUCCCCACCGAUAUCGAGGACCAGACACUCGAGCACGCUCAGCUGAACGAAGCCUAUCCCCUGUACGACUCGGACGACGAGAGCGACGACUCUAACAGACUGGAGGAGGCCCGCAGGAUAGGCGGCUGGACCUACUUCUCCACUUGGACGACCAUGCAUGCGCGCUCCGCCGCUCGUCGCACGUUGGCCGGUCUCACCGCCCUCGUUCCCCAUCCGCGCGGUUCGGCCAUCCCCCGCAGCGAGCGGCAGCAGAUGCUCUUUGGAUCCGGCGAGGUCCAAUCCGUCCGCUUCAAGGCGCCCAAGGGCAAGAAGAUCUACGUGCCGGUCCGUGUCGAGCCCAAGGUGUUCUUCGCCGCUGAGAGGACCUUCCUCGGCUGGUCUCACGUCUUUGCACAGCUCGAGUACUCCAUCUACAUUGGCACCAUCGCCGUCACGCUGCUCAACUUUGGCUCCAAGCCCAACAGCAUGGCCUUUUUCGUGGCCGGCGUGUUCACCCUGCUCGCCAUCUGCUGCCUGCUCUACUCUGUCGGCAUCUACCUGUACCGCAGCAAGGCCAUCCGGACCCGCAGGGCCUCGGCGCAGUUCUACGACCGCUGGGGGCCCAGCAUCCUCUGCGGCGCCCUGUUUGUCGCUGUGGCGCUGAACUUUGGGUUCGAGGGCCGGCAGAGGCAUAUCUGGUAA